AAAAGCCAUUUGUUAACAGUCGGAAGUAUGGUAUGGUUACAUGACACUGAUAAAACAAAUCUUGUAAUUGAUAUGUGUUAUCACAACUUGAACAGAACAUAAACAGUUGUAGCGGUUGUGCAUUUACAAUAAAUACGCUGUGAUCAAACGCGUUGGGUUAUUCUUUCAGUGUAAAUCGUGAAGAAAACAAGAUGGACACGAAAACAGUGACCGUGGAUGCAAAUCCUACUAAACCUACACCCAAAUCUUCAAGUGGUAACGGUGGAUAUGACCCUGUGAAUCUACAAGAAGAUCAUUUUGGUUUUCUAAUGGUUGAUGGCCAAUCAAAUCCGGUGAGACGUUUUACAUGGCGUAAUGAUAACAAUGUAAGUGUUCAAGUCAUCACGUACGGUGCAACAAUCACCAGCAUCAAGAUGCCGGACAAAAAUGGUGUCCUUGGUGAUAUUGUCAUGGGUUUUGAUGACAUGGAUGGUUACCUCAACCGGUUGAAUCCGUACUUUGGCGCAACUGUGGGCCGCGUGGCGAAUCGCAUCGGCGGCGCGAAGAUCAAUAUCGACGGCACAACCUACCGCGUCACCGCCAACUUAAGAGAACAUCAGUUGCACGGAGGACUCAAAGGAUUCGACAAGGUAAUUUGGGAUUACUACGUCACCGGUAACAAAGUAAUCAUGAGCUAUGUGUCCGAAGACGGCGAGGAGGGCUUCCCCGGCGCGGUGCUUACAACAAUAACUUACGAACUAACCGCUGACGAUAAGUUCCUCAUCGAUUACAAGUGUAAAUCAUCCAAGCCUACUUUUGUCAAUCUUACAAAUCAUUCCUACUUCAACCUUGCUGGGCAUGACAAAGGCGCUGAAGAAUUAUACAAACAUAUUGUUUGUAUCAACGCGGAUCGCAUUACAGACGUCGAUAAGGACUUCAUACCGAAUGGGAAAUUUCUGCAAGUUGCGGAUACAGUGUUCGACUUGCGCGUUCCCAAGAAACUCGGCGACGUGAUCACAAAGAUCCCCGAGGUGGGUGGCUACGAUCACAACUUUUGCGUGACCAAAGCCAGCGAACAAGGAGAUACAUUCAUCGCAAGAGUGGCGCAUCCUCCAAGCGGGCGCUCGCUUGAACUCUACAGUAAUCAACCAGGUGUGCAAUUCUACACCUCAAAUUCCAUCCCGAAACAUAAGGAUAACUACGCUGGUGAUCUUACAAAACUAGAUACAUUAGUGGGAAAAGAUAAUGCGACAUAUUAUGAACAUGGUGCGCUCUGCCUGGAAACGCAAAACUAUCCGGACGCCAUCAACCAUAAAAACUUCCCAAAGGCGGUGCUGUACCCGGGUGAGACCUACCAUCACACAGUCGUUUACAAACUCCUGCGGGAAGUGUAACACGUCUAAACUAUGAAAAACUAAUCAAAAUCCUGUGUGUUAAUGGAAUCGUGAAUGAAAUAAACGUUAAAAUCGC